CAUGACGACACGGAGAAAUACCGCCUGAAAAAAAAAAGUGCAAUUCUCUGUAAUUCUAAUUUAAAUAUGACUAAAAGAAAGACGUCAGUGUGCUGCUGGGGGACGUGAGCAGCUUUCUAUAAAAACUCCCGUGUCUCAUCAUUUAUCACAUCUGGACUGAGCUGUUUAUCAGAAAGACUGAAAAGCCUUCAACACAAAAGGUAAGCUAAAACUAAGUUUUAAUUUAUGAAUUCCAUUUAUUGUCAUAUGGAUUGUUAUUGUUGAAACUAUUCACAGAAAUACUUUAAAAUAUAAUCAAACAAAGAAUCUUAUUUGUAAUAUUGCAGUUUUUAAUUUUUAUGAAGUUAAAAACAUCUAAAAAAAUAAGUUGAUUUUGAGCAUCAGCUGCUCCAUCACUUACUGCUCAGCAGGGUGUUUAUAGAAAAAGUAGAAGUUACUUUUCAGAGGAGCAGAGAAGAGAGUGAGUGCGGAAGUGAAGGGAGGAGUUGUCAGUUUUGAGGUUUUCACAGAACCUGAGCUGCUCUGCCUUACAGGAACAUCUUCCAUUAGAUGUGACAGCACGUGGUUUUAAAAAGCUCUUUAGCUGAGUACAGUUUCAGUAAUAGACUUCAGAGAUGAUUUAAAUAAUCUGAUGUUUGAUGAUGCUCUGGAAAUAUUUAAGGGAACAAUUUUAAUGACUGUUGCAAAAAUUCUCACUGUAUUUCUUUAGGUUUUCUUUGCACAUACGUGUGUUUUGUUUGAAGGAGAGACAUCUAACUGACAGCUGUUCAUCUUCCUCCUCAUCAUCCUCAAAGGUCAAGAUGCAGCAGCUGGAGGACGGCAGGUCCAAGAAGAAGCUGACUCCUUACCUCCUCUACUGUGUUUCCACAGCAGUCAUCGGCUCGCUGCAGUUCGGCUACAAUACUGGGGUCAUCAACGCACCUGAGCAGAAACUGCGAGGUUUUUUCAAGAAUGUUUCGGCUGAACGAUACGGAGAGUCCUUUUCCGCAGGAUCCAUCACCAUGGUGUGGAGCUUUGCUGUGGCCAUCUUCAGUGUGGGGGGCAUGAUCGGCUCCUUCUCUGUUGGAACCAUGGUCAACACCUUUGGCAGGCGCAAGUCGAUGCUGAUCGCCAACAUCCUGGCUCUUGUUGGCGGUGGUCUGAUGGGACUGUCGUCUCUGAGUAGAUCAUUUGAGAUGGUCAUCGUUGGCCGGUUAGUCAUCGGUAUUUUCUGUGGCCUGUGCACCGGUCUGACCCCCAUGUACGUGGGGGAGAUCGCUCCCACUGCUGUCCGAGGAGCCUUCGGCACGCUGCAUCAGCUGGGUGUGGUUAUCGGCAUCCUGGUGGCGCAGAUCUUUGGUCUGGAGUCUCUGCUGGGUUCAGAUGCUCUGUGGCCCGUGCUGCUCGCUCUCACCAUCCUGCCGGCCGUGCUGCAGACCAUCAUGCUGCCGUUCUGCCCCGAAAGUCCUCGAUACCUCCUCAUCGUCCUCAACCAGGAGGAAGAGGCGAGAAACGCACUGGUGCGCCUGCGCGGCUGUGAAGACGUGGACGAUGACAUUCAGGAGAUGAAGGAAGAAGGGAUGAAGAUGACCAUGGAAAAGAAAGUGACCGUGCUCGAACUCUUCCGCUCGCGAAACUAUCGCCAACCCAUUGUGAUCGCCAUCAUCCUGCAGCUCUCCCAACAGCUGUCCGGCAUCAACGCCGUCUUCUAUUACUCCACAGGUAUUUUCAAAACUGCCGGGGUAACUAAACCCAUCUUUGCCACCAUAGGAGCCGGAGUCGUCAACACUGUGUUUACAGUUGUUUCUCUUUUUCUUGUUGAGCGCGCAGGACGAAGGACGCUGCACCUGAUUGGUCUGGCAGGAAUGGCUGUCAGUGCCCUCAUCAUGACUAUCUCCCUUGCUUUAGUGAAGACCAACCAGUCCCUGAGUUACCUGGCGAUUGUGGGCGUUUUUGCCUUCGUUGCCAGUUUUGAGAUGGGUCCUGGUCCAAUCCCGUGGUUCAUCGUGGCUGAGCUCUUCUCUCAGGGGCCUCGACCCGCUGCCAUGGCCGUCUCCGGUUGUUCCAACUGGACGGCCAAUUUCUUGGUUGGGCUGGGAUUCCCAAAACUGGAGGAACUUUGUGGCCCGUACGUCUUCCUCAUCUUUAUGGUCUUUCUCAUCGUGUUCUUCAUUUUCACCUACCUGAAAGUCCCCGAAACCAAAGGUCGAACCUUUGACGACAUCGCGCAAGGAUUCGCCGCCAGGCCUGUCCAGUCCUCGGCGCCUGAUGCAGUGGUUGUCAACCCGCCAGCCAGCCCAGAACCCGCACCCUUAUCCCCCACAGAGAAAGUCCCCAUGGUGGAUCUUCCUGCAGAGAAACAUUAAGUGACUGUUUCAGACAGACGAGCUUGUGUCUCGUAAGAGUCAUAUCUGCCAGAUACUGAAGAACAGGAGGGGAAAGCAAGUCCUCUGUGGCUGCAGAUUUUUUAAACAGGAAUUUUAAAGUGCCUUUUUUUUCCAAAAUGAAAGUAUUAAAAAAAAAACAAUCCCAAUCAGAAUUCCUUUCAUAAAUUCCAGUAAUCCUGGCUAAACUUGACUGUACCAAAAGCGCCUAAUGUUUAGAGACGUUUUCAGUGCUGGCUCACAGCAUUGUGCAACAUAAGAGGAUCAGCAUAUAUUCAAGUUUUCAGCUGCCCUCAGUGGUGAAAGGUUGCAGGCUUUAGUGGGGUUUAUGUAUUGAGGUCAAGCACGAAAAUCCGGUAGUUUGACCUAAAAAGAGGCGGACUCACUGUCCUACAAAUCUUAGUUAAAGCCCUGUUUGAGGAAGAAAACGGCUGUUUUUAGUUGUUUAACCAAACCCCUAAUUAAUAACUGAAAAUGUAUUUUAUUACAUCAUAAAGCACCUGGCAGACAACAGUUUCUUCUAACUGCAGCAUACAAAGAACAGCAUCAACAGUUCUUUCAUGUACCUGCAUUAGAUCUAAUUUUUCUCUGAAGAUGAUGACGAUGAAGCAAAGGAAGACAGAAAAAAUCUUUUUUUCCUCUUCUAAACACAAACAUAAGCUUCUCUGCCUUCAGGAUUUUACUGCAAGAAACAACCAGAAUAACCUGAAUCAACUCAGGAGGUUAAAAUCUGUAAAUAUUUGUAUUUUAUAGUUAAUAUAAAGUAAACAGCGUUGUCCAUCAGUGUACUUGAAAAUCUUUCUGUGUUUGUCGUAACUCUGAGAAAAGAAAUCGUAGCCUCAAAGAUCACAAAAUAACUUAAAUCCUAUGAUUUAGUAUUUAAAUUAUUUACCAGUUUGAUAUAAAAUGUCAUUUGUUCUCGUCUGCUGAUAACUGAGCGCACAUCCUGCCCAGUGGUGUUAACUAAAACACUAAAUGAAUUGUAUUUAUUUAAGUGGUUAACACAGAAAAUGUCAUUAAAGGUGUUUGUUAUUAAAGAUCAUGUGCACAUGUUGUUUAGCUCGUAAAUGCGUGUUUGUUGCACACACAGGAAGCUCUUUUCUUUGAGCUCAGCAGCUUAAUAAAUAUUUAUAUUAAAUGUGUUUUUAAAAUUAUUAUUAUUAUUAUUAUUAUUAUCAUUAUUAUUAUUAUUAUUAUUGCUUUUUACCAUCCUAUGAGAUCUGUGUUUUCUGUCCUUAUUUCUCAUUCUGCACUGUCAGUAAAAUAGUUACAACAAACGCUGCUUCAGUUCACAAAUUCACAUUUGUGGGAUGUAAAUUUCGCCUUUUUUGUGUGAAUAAAAAGAAAAAAGUUGUGCUGAGA